GUAUGUGCACACUCCCGCAUUUGCAAAUUCAAGCACGCGGGUUAAUGUUCUUGUGUAUGGAAACAAAAGCCCCAUUGAUGCUUUAAACAGUUUACCGGAACGUCGAUUAAAACCGAGAUUCGCAUUUUCUAGUUCGGUAAUUCUAGUUUCUUGGUAACAUACCUUUUAAUGAACAUGGAUUUUAAAAUAAGAGCAGUGCAGGAGAUUCGCCAGUGGGAGUCGGAUCUUAAAAAGUAUUUAGGUGAAUUGGAAGAUGCCGCAUUUAAAUGUUUGGAAAUGAUCAAAGCACCGGAUGGAACCGAUACCUUUCGGCAAAAAGCUGAAAUGAAGCUGCUGGAUGUGUUGUUUAUUGGGGAAUCCUGCGAAAUGAUAUUGAUAUGCGUUUGUAAAAAGAUCCAGCAUUUAGGAAUUAAAAUGUUAGAACUAGAAGGUUCUCAAAACUCAAGUAAUCGCAAGGAAAUUCAAGUUCUUGUGGAAACUCUGUGGCAAUACAAUCUUUUCGCGGAGAGCGUACGGGAACGAAUGAUCGUUUUUUUUAAAAAGAUGGAACAAAUUGCUAUAGAUGAGCAUUUGCUGCCGAAUCUGACGAAUAAAUUAUGGCCGCAGUUCAAGCGAAUUAUUGUUGUAAUGCGUUAACUUUCAUCAUUAGAGAAUGUUAAAUAAAUUGUUUGCAUUAACAA